GUCAAGAUGACGCUUCUAAACCACUUCGUGUUCAUUGCACAGAUGCUGCUUCUGCCGCUGCACCAGGAUAUGGGCGUCUCCGAGCACUAUCAAGCGGCUGAUCAUCGCGGCGGCUUCGCCGUUCCAGCCGAUAACGCGGAGCGAAGUGUGACGGAUCUGGACAACUUUUUCCUGUGGAACUUCAACGGACAUUUGGAUUUUCCACGACCCAUAUCGACAGUGACAGCAGCUACUCUAGCGCCGCUCGGCACUAUAAAAGACUGGCCGGAACCUGCACUUCUUCGUGGGCACGGUGGCAUCGUCAAGAUGACGCUUCUAAACCACUUCGUGUUCAUUGCACAGAUGCUGCUUCUGCCGCUGCACCAGGAUAUGGGCGUCUCCGAGCACUAUCAAGCGGCUGAUCAUCGCGGCGGCUUCGCCGUUCCAGCCGAUAACGCGGAGCGAAGUGUGACGGAUCUGGACAACUUUUUCCUGUGGAACUUCAACGGACAUUUGGAUUUUCCACGACCCAUAUCGACAGUGACAGCAGCUACUCUAGCGCCGCUCGGCACUAUAAAAGACUGGCCGGAACCUGCACUUCUUCGUGGGCACGGUGGCAUCAUCAAGAUGACGCUUCUAAACCACUUCGUGUUCAUUGCACAGGUAGGGAAACAAUAUCCUUGUUGCCUCCGCAGUAACAAUAUUUGUCUCUUCUUGCUACCGUGCCCACGGAGCUGUUUGAGUGUGCUGUGUGAAUUUGGAAUGUUGCCGAAAAACCUACUUUUGUUGUGUGGUGAUGUAGAAGUAAAUCCCGGGCCUACUCUAGAAACAAUAUUGCAAAAACUAGAUAUUAUCUCCGCUGACGUCAGGGAAAUCAAAUUGAGCCAAGCGGAAACAAAAUCCAGACUAAAGACCAUAGAGUUGCAAAUUAACAGCUUUGAAGGUCUGAGGUCAGCUGUGAACCAAAACCAAGACAGGACAAAACAACUCGAAUCUACUGUUGCAUCACUCGUGUAUAAGAUUGAUGACUUAGAAAAUCGCAGUAGAAGAAAUAAUCUAAUUAUUUUCGGUCUUUCUGAGCUGCCAAACGAAGACAGCAGCAAACUCGAAGAGCGAGUAACAAAGGAGGUCCUUGAGGACAAACUGUCCGUAAAAACCAAGGGAAUUGAACGCAUACAUCGCCUGGAAAAACCAACUGAAGGUAAAACUCGUCCAGUGAUUCUCAAACUACUUGACUUCAGAGACAAGAUGAAAAUUCUACGUAACUGUAAUAGGUUAAAGAAUGAACCAUUAUCAAUCAGCGAGGACUACUCGAAACGAGCUCAGGGAAUCAGAAAAAAACUGCUCGAGAGCUCGAAACCGAAUAAGCUUGCCGGUGAAAAGGUCACUUUGAUGUACGACAAAGUUAAAAUAAACGGAAAAGUGUAUACUUGGGGCGACGUCAAAAACGACAAGAGUUUGAUAGCUGAUGUUGCACAGGCUUCAAGUCCAUGA